UUUCAGGACUCUGGAGGGGCCUGUCUCUCCCCUUUCCUCCGCCCAGUGAUGCGACCCAGUUUCAUCAGGUCUUCCCAGCCAUCCUGCCCCACAUCUCUAGGGGGAAGGGAAGUGACAGCAGCGUGGGGGGCCUCCACGACUACCCGGUCAUCUUCUUCACCAACCGGCCAUGUGCUGUCCAUGCCCUCCAGAGAGCCGCUCCGCUGAGAGAGGGAGGGAGUGAUGCCAGGUUGGAGAGGCCCUCCAAAGCCCAUCCAGUUCUCUUGGCGUUAAAACAAGCAGCGUUCCAGGAAUGGAGAACCAGUGACAAAAGAGGAAGGAGGAUCUGGGUGACCGUUCUUCACAAACUCUGGAUGGAUUGGAAUGGGGGAAGCCGUCCACUUCACGAGGCCACACCACUCAGCCAGCACGAAUUUCUUCAUCCGAGCACUUUUCCUCCUCUUGUUCUGUAGAUAUGUGUGCUCCAACUGCAGGAUCUUGCGCUGCAACUCCGAGUACGUGGCCGCAACGCUCAACCUACGCGGGCCCAACAAGAGUGCAGCCUACUGCAACGCCUUGCGCUCCUAUGCCCGCUGCACCCGCAAGACGGCCCGCACCUGCCGCGGCGACCUCGCCUACCACUCAGCUGUCCACGGCAUCGAGGACCUCAUGAUGCAGAACAACUGCACCAAGGAGGGGCCGACCUCGCCGCCACGGCCCCAAACACCAGCGCCCAACCACCACGGCGCGGAGUCCCUGACCACCUGUGACUAUGAGAAGAGUUUUGCCCAGAAGCACGGCCGGCCCCCCGCCUACCAGCACUGUGCCACGUUUGGGGACCCCCACGUGCGGACUUUCGGCGAUGAAUUCCACACCUGCCGGGUAGAGGGCUCCUGGCCACUCCUGGACAACAACUACCUGUUUGCACAGGCCACAAGUUACCCCGUGGCCAAAGGGUCAAAUGCCACGGCCACGAGCAAGCUGACCAUCAUAUUUAAGAACAUGAAGGAGUGCAUCGACCAGAAGGUCUACCAGGCAGAAGUCGACAACCUGCCGGCCGCUUUCGAGGACGGUUCGGUGAACGGCGGCGAGAGGCCCGGCGGGAACAGCCUGACCAUCCGCGAGCGCGUGCCUGGGCGGCACAUGGAGAUCCGAGCGGCGUACAUCGGCACCACCAUCGCCGUGCGCCAGGCGGGCAAGCAGCUGUCCUUCUCCAUCCGAGCGCCCGAGGAGGUGGCCCGCUCCUUCACGGACGAGCAGGACCUGCAGCUGUGUGUGGGAGGCUGCCCGCUCAGCCAGCGUAUCUCCCGGGGUGAGUGCUGCUGCAGCGACGGCAGCGUCACCACAGAGAAGGCCCAUCGCCUCUGCAAGGAGAAGUUGCCUGUUGAGGACGUCUACUUCCAGUCGUGCGUCUUUGACGUGGUGACCUCGGGGGACGCCAACUUCACCCUGGCUGCGCAUGGUGCGCUGGAAGAUGCCAAGGUCUUCCACCCGGAUGUGAAGAAACUCCACAUCUUCCAGACCGAUGCAGCCUGUUACGCCGGCAUCCCCUCUUCCCUCCUCUUCCUCCUUGCCACAGCAGUCAUCUCCGUUACUCAGCUGCACUUUUAGAAGUUGGUUGGCGCUUGGUUAUAGGGUGUCAGUUCAAAAGGGCACCGUUUCUGGUUAUUAUGGUUUCUGGUUUCCUAGAAGGGUGUUAGUCAGAAGAAGCAGAACUGCUAGAAGGUGUGAAAGUUGAAGGAGAGGAGGUGUGGGUUAGCUGUGAACCAGUGAGAUCCAGGGGACGGGCUGAGAUUAAAUGAACGCAGGCAUCCUGUGAUUUCAGCUUGAUUAGAAGGAAGGCAAGCUUGCUUUAUUGGCACUGUACGUUCUCAGAGACCCUGGAAAUGCUGGCAAGAGGUUGAACCUUGGAGGUUGUUCCUAGAAGCUCCAUAUUGCCAUCGCAAAUUUGGGAUUUGUUAAUUCCUUCUGGAAAGUGGAAAUCCACAGGGAACUACAGAUAUCAGCACAGGGAUCGACUGCUGCUGAAGCUGGACCGUACAAAAUAUGCAGUGCCACUUUCACGGAAUGUUAUUUUGCAAGGUCUCUUGGGAAGAAAACUCUUGGUUUGACAUAAGAAUCUGUAAUGGCCCAUUUGUAGUGGAAACGGAACAGAAAUGUCUAAAUAAUGGUGCUUUAAGUGUCACACAAACUGUUUUGAAUGGCUAAUCUAGAAACAGAAUAAUAAUAAGAAAAGAAGAGUGCAGGCCAUUGUUAAAGGUUUUUCCUACUUCAGUCAAUUUUGAUGUGGUUAUUUUCCUCCUCUUUUAACAGCCCAGAGUGCAAAAUGAAUAGAGUGAAAUUUAAGCAGAAUUUCCCGGAACAGUGGCACUAGAUUGCUUCCAUUUGUGAAUGGAUGGAUGGAGAUAAAAUAGAGCAGUGAUUCCCAACCUGGCGGCCUCCAGAUGUUGCUGAACUACAACUCCCAUCAUCCCCAGCCACAGUAAAUUGUAGCUUGGGCUGAUGGGAGUUGUAGUUCAGCCACACCUGGAGGCCCCCAGGCUGGGAACCACUUCAAGAGAGUUUAAAGUGGUUUGUGAGAAGCUUGUACACUGCAUAUUUAUUUUGUCCCAUUGUUGCCUCUGGUCAAACAGGUGUUGCAGGUUUUAGAGACAAAAAAACCUGCCAAAUCUGUUUACUGAUGUAAAAGUGGGAUGAAACACAUCAUGAGCAGCGAUCCCUCUGUCAGCAAUGCCUCCAGGUCACCUGAAAAAACUACUCUCUAGCUUAAAUUGGAUUAUUCUAGGAAUUUCCUUGUGGAAGAAAUUUGAGGAUUGCAAAUUGCGGGCGUAAUCCAGGAGGAAAUUCUUCUGUGCACAUCCCGUUGGCUUCAAUCCAGUUUGCAUGGGAGGACUUCCAGCUGAAUUGGAUCCUAUUUAGCAACCUAUUGACUCCAGAGCAAUCCUACUUAAAUCAGUGGGAUUGCAACCCGAGGUCCGUAUAUGGUGCGAUGACUGAAACCUAACAGGAGCUUAUUGUUGGGCUUGGAAAACUAUUAAAAAUGUAAAUAUAAAGUUAAGUAUUUAAUAUAUUAAAAGUGAAGAAUUUAAAGAAAAGUUAGUAGUUUUGGUUAAUAGCCGUUAUUGUCCAUAGAGACGGUGAAUGUAAUCUGCCAAAGGCACACUGUUGGUCAAGGUUUGCCUGGAAAUAAUGCUCAGUGCUUUUAAUGUUUGAAAAGUAUGGCCCACUAAAUCCAGGGAAUUAUUUUUCUGCUGGACUGACUGGCAAAAAGACCAGAAAAAGAACCCAAAAUCAGUAUCUCAUCACUGGGAAAUAGCAGCCCUGCUAAUCUGGGUCAGGCUGCAUUAACCGUGUAGAUCUAUUGGCCCAAAUCCCUGGCUGGUACUCAGGAAAAGGUUAUUAUAGCUUAAAGCUGUAGCAACCCUCAAGCCCCAUCUUGUACCUGCUGAACAUACUGAGGCUCAAUUGAGAGUUACAUUAUACUGGCCUAAAUCCUACCCUGAAGGUUUGUUUCUUGUUACCUGGGGAAAGGUUGCUACAGCUUUGAAAGCUGUAGCAACCUGUCUUGCUCGUCCUAUAUAUAACAAGGCUCUACAUUCUAAGCUUACCUUGCUUUUAGUUCUCUGACCUCCUUGGAACCUUGUGCCAAUGUCACCAGCGUUGGUAGGGGAAUGGAUGCUAGUAACUGGCCUGUGCAAGAGUCCUGAUGAUGGCGCACCAGAUUCCUAGGCCAGAACUGACGGCUGGAUUGUCCAACUUCCAAAACUGCCACCUACAAAGAAAGAGGCUAUCAGCCACUGGGAACUGGUAGAAGAUGAUGCUGAGAAGAACGUUGAAAAUAAAAUUUUGAAGGGAGUAUAGGUGUGUGUGUGUGUGUGUGUAGGUGGGUUCUAAUGAUCAAAAAAACGUCAGUGAGCAAGAGAAUCUGAGUUAUGCACACGGUGUGCUCUCCCAAUUACCAUUGGUGAGAACCCAGAACAUUUGGCAAUGUAGAGUUGUGUGCACGAACGUUUGACUGAGAUCAAACAAUAGUUGAAACCCUAGAUCAGUGGUUCCCAACCCAGGUUCCUCCAGAUGUUGAUGAACUACAACUCCCAGCAUCCCCAGUUACAAUUUAUUAUGGUUGGGGAUGCUGGGAGUUGUAGUUCAGCAACAUCUGGAGGAACCCGGAUUGGGGACCACUGCCCUAGAUGAAGGAUCUUGGCCAAAUGUCAGGCAUUUGCACUUGUGCAGACCCUGUAUUUGCAGAAGACUUCCCAUGUUCUCAGGACUGGCAAUCAGGAGGGCGUGUGGCGCCUAACGCUCAGAUUCUUUUGCUUGCUGACAUUUUUCUGAUUGUGAGAACCCGCCCCCAUGAGAAAGAAGUAGAAGCCAAUAGAAUGAGGUGCAUUUUGAUGGUUUGGUCCUUUCAAGCCAUGCGCAUCACACACAGAAACCAGUUUAACACUCCUGGCUUUCUUCCUCAGCUUGUAGAUAAGCAAGAGGUCUAGGGCACCCUUCUUUCAUGGCACAACCCCCAGGCUGUCACAGCUAAUGAGGUAUUUUUUUAAAAGAAAGCAAAAGCUCAGAUUUGGAAUGUGAAUCCUGGAAGGGAGGGUCCUGUGCACAGACAGGAAGACCUAGAAGCUUGGCCGAGGAGUGUCCUUCAUAAAUCAAAGCCCGGCUAUAGAUUCCCCUCCACGUUGCUGUGACCCCACCAGGCCUCUGCCAUGAACAGUGUCGGUUUCUGCCCGGCCUGUAUGUUGGCUUUGUUAAUCGGCAACCGUUUGACAUUAAAAUGUGUCUAUUUUUGAAGCCUUCCA